AGCAGCCCUGGAGCUGCUGGGGAAGUGGCUGCCAGGGAGAGGAGGCCGCAGGCUGGACAUGCUGGCCGGCCGCCUGGCCCCCCGCCCCCUGGCCCACCCUGAGUGCUGUGCCCAUUGGCUGGGGAGGACGUGUCCACUUCCUUCCCAAAUGAUGCUGGUCACYGAUACACGCUUUCCCCAGAGCCGUCACCGGGGAAAGGAGGACCUGCUGCCCAACCCGGACCAGGUGCCAUGAGGUGAGUGCCAGGCCCGCUGAGCCUUCCAGAGCUGCCAGCCAUGCCUGGGAUCGUGGUGUUCCGGCGGCGCUGGUCUGUGGGCAGCGAUGACCUCGUCCUGCCAGCCAUCUUCCUCUUCCUCCUGCACACCACCUGGUUUGUGAUCCUGUCUGUGGUGCUCUUCGGCCUGGUGUACAACCCACAUGAGGCCUGCUCCCUGAACCUGGUGGACCACGGCCGCGGCUACCUGGGUAUCCUGCUGAGCUGCAUGAUCGCCGAGAUGGCCAUCAUCUGGCUGAGCAUGCGUGGGGGCAUCCUCUACACAGAGCCCCGCGACUCCAUGCAGUACGUGCUCUACGUGCGCCUGGCCAUCCUGGUGAUCGAGUUCAUCUAUGCCAUCGUGGGCAUCGUCUGGCUCACUCAGUACUACACCUCCUGCAAUGACCUCACUGCCAAGAACGUCACCCUCGGGAUGGUCGUCUGCAACUGGGUGGUCAUCCUCAGCGUCUGUAUCACCGUCCUCUGCGUCUUUGAUCCCACGGGCCGCACUUUCGUCAAACUGAGAGCCACCAAGAGGAGGCAGCGCAACCUGCGGACCUACAACCUGCGGCACCGCUUGGAGGAAGGUCAGGCCACCAGCUGGUCACGUCGGCUCAAAGUGUUCCUCUGCUGCACUCGGACGAAGGACUCGCAGUCAGAUGCCUACUCAGAAAUCGCCUACCUCUUUGCUGAGUUUUUCCGGGACCUCGACAUCGUGCCAUCCGACAUCAUCGCUGGCCUGGUGCUGCUCCGGCAGCGGCAACGGGCCAAGCGCAACGCGGUGCUGGACGAGGCAAACAAUGACAUCUUGGCCUUCCUGUCUGGGAUGCCAGUGACCAGAAACACCAAGUACCUCGACCUCAAGAACUCGCACGAGAUGCUGCGUUACAAAGAGGUCUGCUACUACAUGCUCUUCGCCCUGGCUGCCUACGGCUGGCCCAUGUACCUGAUGCGAAAGCCCGCCUGUGGCCUCUGCCAGCUAGCGCGGUCCUGCUCGUGUUGUCUGUGCCCUGCGCGGCCCCGGUUUGCCCCUGGAGUCACCAUUGAGGAAGACAACUGCUGUGGCUGCAAUGCCAUCGCCAUCCGGCGCCACUUCCUGGAUGAGAACAUGACUGCGGUGGACAUCGUCUACACCUCCUGCCAUGACGCGGUCUAUGAAACCCCCUUCUAUGUGGCAGUGGACCACGACAAGAAGAAGGUUGUAAUCAGUAUCCGGGGAACCCUGUCCCCUAAGGACGCCCUGACCGACCUGACAGGUGAUGCUGAGCGCCUCCCUGUGGAGGGCCACCGCGGCACCUGGCUGGGCCACAAGGGCAUGGUGCUGUCAGCUGAGUACAUCAAGAAGAAGCUAGAACAAGAGAUGGUCCUGUCCCAGGCCUUUGGGCGAGACCUGGGCCGUGGAACCAAGCACUACGGCCUGAUUGUGGUGGGCCACUCCCUGGGUGCAGGCACGGCGGCCAUCCUCUCCUUCCUCCUGCGCCCACAGUACCCGACCCUCAAGUGCUUUGCCUACUCGCCCCCGGGGGGCCUGCUGAGUGAGGAUGCUAUGGAGUACUCCAAGGAGUUUGUCACUGCUGUGGUUCUGGGCAAAGACCUCGUCCCCAGGAUUGGCCUCUCCCAGCUGGAAGGCUUCCGCAGACAGCUCCUGGAUGUCCUGCAGCGUAGCACCAAGCCGAAGUGGCGAAUCAUUGUGGGGGCCACCAAGUGCAUCCCCAAGUCAGAGCUGCCCGAGGAGGUGGAGGUGACCACUCUGGCCAGCACACGGCUCUGGACCCACCCCAGUGACCUGACCAUCGCCCUUUCGGCCAGCACCCCGCUGUACCCGCCUGGCCGCAUCAUCCAUGUGGUGCACAACCACCCUGCGGAGCAGUGCUGCUGCUGUGAACAAGAAGAGCCCACAUACUUCGCUAUCUGGGGUGACAAUAAGGCCUUCAACGAGGUGAUCAUCUCGCCGGCCAUGCUGCAUGAGCACCUGCCCUAUGUGGUCAUGGAGGGGCUCAACAAGGUGCUGGAGAACUACAACAAGGGAAAGACAGCUCUGCUCUCUGCUGCUAAGGUCAUGGUGAGCCCCACAGAGGUGGACCUGACUCCUGAGCUCAUCUUCCAGCAGCAGCCGCUGCCUACAGGGCCACCCCUGCCUACUGGCCUGGCCCUGGAGCUGCCAGCUGCAGACCACCGCAACAGCAGCGUCAGGAGCAAGUCCCAGUCUGAGAUGAGUCUGGAGGGCUUUUCGGAGGGGCGGCUGCUGUCCCCCGUGGCUGCCGCAUCAGCAGCCCGCCAGGACCCCGUGGAGCUGCUGCUGCUGUCCACCCAGGAGCGACUGGCCGCGGAGCUGCAGGCCCGGCGGGCGCCACUGGCCACCAUGGAGAGUCUCUCGGACACAGAAUCCCUGUACAGCUUCGACUCGCGCCGCUCCUCGGGCUUCCGCAGCAUCCGAGGCUCCCCCAGCCUCCACGCGGUGCUGGAGCGGGACGAGGGCCACCUCUUCUACAUCGACCCGGCCAUCCCCGAGGAGAACCCCUCCCUGAGCUCACGCACAGAGCUGCUGGCAGCUGAUAGCCUGUCCAAGCACUCACAGGACACACAGCCCCUGGAGGCAGCCCUGGGCAGUGGCGGGGUGACUCCUGAGCGGCCCCCCAGUGCGGCCAACGAGGAGGAGGAAGAGGCCGGAGGAGAGGGCGGCGGGGGGCCGCCCCGCGGGGAGCUGGCGCUGCACAACGGGCGCCUGGGGGACUCGCCCAGCCCCCAGGUGCUGGAGUUCGCAGAGUUCAUCGACAGCCUCUUCAACCUGGACAGCAAGAGCAGCUCCUUGCAGGACCUCUACUGCAUGGUGGUGCCCGAGAGCCCCACCAGCGACUAUGCCGAGGGCCCCAAGUCCCCCAGCCAGCAAGAAAUUCUGCUCCGCGCCCAGUUCGAGCCCAACCUGGUGCCCAAACCCCCACGGCUCUUUGCUGGUUCGGCCGACCCCUCCUCAGGCAUCUCGCUCUCUCCCUCCUUCCCGCUCAGCUCCUCCGGGGAGCUCAUGGACCUGACUCCCACAGGCCUCAGCAGCCAGGAGUGCCUGGCCACCGACAAGAUCCGGACUUCUMCCCCCACUGGCUGCGGGGCCAGCCCUGCCAAGCAGGAUGACCUGGUCAUCUCAGCACGUUAGUGCCCCAGCAGCUGCUGCCAGGAGCAGGAGGCCCCGUGGGCACCUGGUGGCUGCCCCCAGGCCAGGCGGCUUUGAGGAGCGGCCCCCAGUGGUCAGUUAGCCUCAGGCAUGGGCAUUGCUGCUGAGCUGGGGGUCUGCAUCCCUACCUCAGCUUAGGACUCCCUAGAGCCAAGGCGGCUGGGGUCUGGCCCUGCCAUGGGGAAUGAUGGGGGAGGGCAGGGCACAGGGAGGAGGAGCCAGGCGCAGCCUGCUGGGCGGGCAGGCCACACUCAGCCCUCACAGCUCAGCCCCCACGGGCAUCCUGACACCCCCGGUUCCAAGGUUGGCCGUCGGUAAACGGGCUCUGGGGGUGGAGAGCAGCCCCUCAGCACGUGUUCUCACGUGUGUGCCCUGGCCGCCCCCAGAUCUGGUGCCUGCUGGCCAGUCCCCUGGGGUGACCUCCAUCAGGUGGCCCACAGUGUUGUAAAUGUUUACAGAAGCUGCUGGGCUUGCAAGGCCCCACACCCAGUAAUGUGUCCAGUAGCCCCUCUAGAGGGCCCACGAGAGCGGAGGGCACUGGAGGAGGGGGUUGGGACCUCCCUUUCUCUGCCCAGAACUCCUCCAGUUGGCCACCUGCCCGAGGCUCCUGGGCCCCCGGCCUGCUCCACCUACCUGCUACUUCCUGGCUUCCACCUUCUACCCCCGGGACCCUGGCCACUCGAAGGGUGGUGGGUACUGCCGCGACCACCCCUGGCUGCAGAGUCAGCGUCCUGGGAGGAACGAAGGCAGCCGAAGUCCCUUGCUCUGAGGGUCCUACCUAACUCCUUUAUGUGGACCCCACCACACCUAGGCCUCUCYGGGCCGCCGGAUCUGAAACCAAACAAACCUCUGCCCCACUCACCCCGUCCUCGAUGGCCUGGGCUCCUUCCUGGGAGCUGGCCUUUCUUCCCACCGCCCUCCACCCUCAGUGUCCUAUUGGUGGGAAGUGGGGCCAAGAGUGGGGUAUUGUGGGACCUGGCUGGAGACCCUCCACCCACCACCCAGGGGAGGGACCAGGAGGGCCAGGGGCUCAAGGCUUUCCCAGUUUAGCCGAAGGCCCUCAUUGGGGUUCCUUCCUAUUGGGUUCAGGAAGCAGUGGGGAGGCAGAACCCAGCCUUCCCUGUGAAGCAGGUGUUGGGGAGAUUGUGCAUGCUAGUGUCAGACGAGUGUGUGCAUGUGCAUGAGUGUGCACCGUUCCUGAGGAAGGGCUCUGGAGGCUGCCCGCCCUGCCUGCCCUGCCUGCCUGCUGCCUCUCCCACCCUGCCCAGGAAACAGCCAGUGUGAGGCGGCGUCGCUGGACAAGCUCCCCGGCUGGCUGGGCAGGCGCACUGACGGCCCACUUGUGCCUUCGUCUCCUCGGAGGCAUGGUGCCCCCACCCUGGUCCCACCCCAGCCUCCUUGGGCCACUGGAGCUCCCAUAAGUCCCCUGUCUCAUGAGCACUGGUACCUGGUCCUGAACCUCAACACCCCCGAGCUGGGCUGGCCUGGAUGGCUGCCCUAGGAGCCCUUGCCCACCCUGACAGAUGGGGACAGAGACUGGGAGCUGGGCCUCCCCUCCUGCUCUGCAGCCCUGCCCUUACCAGAUUCCAGGCACCUUGUCCCCACUGAGGCACGGCCUCAGCCCAGCCCAGAAGCAGGACAGAAUCUGACUCCGAGAGUUUAAAAAACUAGACAAAUUCUUAAAUUAGACAAAGGUUCCAACAAGUACCUGGGCCAGUAGCAGGGAGAGACUUGGGUCUGGCCUUUUUAAUUCCUCCUCUUCUGGGUGGGUCUGGGGACCUCUAGGGUGGGUGUGUCCCCCCUGCCGUGCCCAGGACUGAGCCAUCAGGGACAGACUCCCCCACCCCCAAGGCUGCAGCCACACCUGUACAGGCUUGGGGAUGGGGCAGACUUGGACUCAGCCCUGGACACCCAGGGUCAGCCCACCCCUCACCUGCUCCUUCCCUGCCUCGCCCCUGGAAGAUGGGUCUGCUGCACGUCUCCCUCAACCCCACGUCACAUCUGGGGGAUCUGAGCCACCCCCCUCAGCCCAGCUUGGCUCAGACUGACCCCACACCAUCCCCCAGACCCACAGCACAAGCUCCCCCAGCCACCCGCUGGCCUGUCCUCCCAGGGGCCUGGGUGACCUCUGUAUGCAAUGGGCAGUGAGCCGCCGGGCCCCACACCCUCGCGCACUCUACGUGCCAUUCUCCCCUGACCUUUUUUGUACUUAAUGUAUGAAAGAUCCACACUAAUAUUGCUGUAAAAAGGAGAGACAAAUUAAUAUAGCUUAUUCUAUAAAUAUAUCUGUAUAUAAAGGUUUCUGUAUAUUGUAUAGAGCUGUGUAU